CGCCGCCGCAGUAUGUGUCAUGUGUUGUUCGUGCGUGUGCCGCGUCGAUUAGACGAUACCGCGAGAGAAGGUAACGGAAAACAAAACUGUGGCGACCGGUCCGAGCUCGGGGGGGACCCUCCGGCUAGACAGUCGUGCCGAGUGGUCGUCCGCGCGAGACGAGACGUUCCCGCGGGUAGACGGGAAAAAAAAUGUUCGGCCCAAGUGACACGGUGUGGGGCGUCGUUGUUGUGCCAUUAAAAUCGACGCGACACACCGAUGGUGACGAUAAUGAAUAUUACCAGAGUACGGCUGCGUACGCACCUGCGUGACGGGAGAACGGCGGCUACGGCUGCGGCGUCGGCGUCGACCACGACGGCGGCGGCGGCGGCGGCAGCGUCGGCAGUGCCCGUGUCGGCUGAGUCCAUCGCCCGUACGCGGCGCGCGCGAAAAACCGUCGUCGACGUCUCCGUCGCUGCCGACCGCGUCUUUUUCAGCGGAGCGGCGCCUUUGAAACGGCCCCGUUCGAGGACGCACAGACGGAAAACAACGGUCACGGGGUACGUAACGCGAACAGAAAAGAAGGAAUACUGUGAUGCAACGACUAUAGAAAAAAAACCCGCCGCGUAUACCUAUAUAAUAAACAACAAAAUGAAAAUGGUUGUACCAAAAAUGACAUUUUCUAGAAUUAUUUUCCAAAGAGGAUUACAUGGUGCUAGCAAAAAAUUAGAUAGUCUCAUAAGAGUUAAUCAUGCUGGAGAACUUGGAGCUGAUCGUAUAUAUGCAGGACAAAUGGCAGUAUUAGGAAAUAGUAGUGUAGGUCCAAAGAUUAAAGAAAUGUGGGAACAAGAAAAAGUACAUAGAAACAAGUUUGAACAACUUAUAAUCAAAAAUAGAGUGCGACCAUCAUUGCUAUUUCCUUUAUGGCAUUGUGCUGGCUAUGUACUUGGAGCUGGUACAGCACUUAUGGGUCCUAAAGCUGCUAUGGCUUGUACUGUUGCUGUAGAAACCAUUAUUGUAGAACAUUAUAAUGAUCAACUAAGAGAUCUGAUGGAUGAUCCCAAAGCUGAUAAAGAGCUUCUUGAAACUAUUAAAAAGUUUAGGGAUGAAGAACAAGAACAUCAUGACUGUGGUAUUGAUCACGGAGCUGAGCAAGCUCCAUGUUAUGAUGCAUUAACAAAAGUCAUUAAAACUGGUUGCAAAGUAGCUAUUGAAAUAGCAAAAAGAGUGUGAAGUUUUUGUCUAUAUGAAAUCAUAUUAUAAUUAUGAUUAAAUGUUAAAAAUAUAUAUAUAUGUGUUUAAAGAAUAAA